UUUGAACAGGAGAGGUUUAAUAACUUACCGGUAUUUCGUUAUUUCUUUAAGUUCUAUGUACGGCUUCAAUGAUUAAUAUAUAUUAAUAUAUUCUCCGUUUAAUCUAUAAUUAGUAUUUACAAUUUAUCGGAUCUUUUGUAGUAGUUUACGUAGAGCUCAUAGAUUGUUGAUAGAAUAGUUGUCAAGAAAGUACUUAGAAAAGAAAUGGCGGACGAGAACGAGGAUCAAUGGCUUUACGGGGAUUCCGUUGACGGCAAAGAAGCUGCUACGAGCAAUACGCCGUCGGAAGCCUUAGAAGUCGAAACAACACCUCUAAGCACUCAGGAGGAAUCGCAAAAUGAAGAGGAACAGAAAAUGGAAGAUAUUCCUGAUGGACCACCAGGGGCAACCAAUAGUAGAGAACUUACCGGUAUGGAUGAUGGAAAGUUGCCGAUGGAUGACUUAGCACUUCCUGGAGAGGAUGCUGGAACAGCAGCAUCAUCUAUGGAAAAUAAGGAUGGCAUUAAUCCCGAGGCAAAUGAAAAUGGAACUAAAGAACCAUCGAGUCAAGAGGAUGGCGAAGCAGCCAGUGACUCAGAUUCUGACGAUGAUGUUCACGUAGUCAUUGGUGACAUUAAGUCAACUCCUGCCUAUGGAAGUUUAAAUAUAAAACGCGGUGGAUUAUUGACCAAUGCUAGUGGGGUACCAGACAAAUUAAAUAAACAGCCUGGAAAGUUCAGUAUAGAUGAAUUCGAAACUAUCGGAGUGAUCAAUGGAAUGCCAGCACAUGAAUUUAACCUGGAUCAACUGGAGGACAAGCCCUGGCGACAACCCGGUGCCGAUAUAACCGACUAUUUUAAUUACGGUUUUAACGAGGAGACUUGGCGCGCAUACUGCGAGCGUCAAAAGAGAAUGCGCAGCGAAUCAGGAGUGGGUUUAAUUUUAAAUGCCGGCGGCGGUGCGGGCAACCCGGGCGGUGGAAUGAGAGUACCACAAGUAGCAAUAACCAAUGACAACAGUAAAUACUCGGGUAUCAUGGGCCCAAAAAGAGCAGGUCCUCCACCAGGUAGAAAAAUGGCUGGCACGAUAGACGUUAUCGGAAGUUCAGGUUUGGCCUCCCGAAGAAACCUAGACAAGUCACCACCCAAAGAGAACGUAAUACAAGUAAUGACAGCAGACAGAAGAGAGUACUCCAGGAAGCCAGGCUUCCCUGAUAUGAGUGUUCCACCUCCAGGAGCAGGAAUGCCACCACCAUUCGACAUGCCUCCACCAGGAUAUCCUGGAGAGCCAGCACCAUUCUACAUACCAGAAGCUGAUCCAUAUUACCAAAGCUACGAGCCAACCCAGGACAGUCAAUGGGGCAACGAUCCAACAUGGCAGCCAACUAACCUAGCCAUCCCAUUAACGGAAACAGAGGAGGAGAAAGAUAUUGGACCAAAAACGAUACCAACAAUGGUACCACCGAUAUCAAUUCCACCUUUGAUGCCACCAAGAGACAGCAGGGAACGUGAGAGAGAACGUGAACGAGAAAGACCGGAAAGGGAACCGGAACCGGUAGUAAGAGAAACUCGUGAACGCGAUCGGGAAAGAGAACGAGAGCGUGAGUCGGUAACGAGAGAUCGAGGUGAGAGAGAACGAGAGUCCGUAGCAAGAGAAGAUGACAGAGAAAGAGACAGAUCACGUUCGCAGUACCGACAUAAGGAGAGGCAUAGGCAUCGCUCUAGAUCACGUUCCCGACGACACAAAUCCAGGUCGCGCAGUCCUAGUCGACGUAAGAAGAAAUCUCGACGCUCCGAGCGUGAACGCUCCAAGGAAGAGAGCGAGUGAAUAAUAAUUCCAAUUUUGUAUUAUCGGCAUUUUCAUCUCGAGAGUCCUAUUCGACUCGUAUGGAUGAGCAGUAUACAUUAACAUUUACAUAGAGAACAGAAUUUAAAAAAUCGAUGGCAGACCCAUUUCCACAAUGGUCACAUCAAAUAACAAUGUACAUAUGCCGAUUAAAUGAAAAAGACAAUUACCUGCCUAAGCACAAUGAUAAAGUAUCAAGCAGGGUUCUCCAGUAUAUGCUGACUCGCCAAUUACACGAUCCAAUGUACAAUUUAAAGAAUACAACUUCUAAGAAAAAGAAAAAA